GUUAAGAUUGUUUACAUCCAAAGUGAUCUUUUUUUCCGGUUUGGCAUUUUUCUUUUGUUUAUAAAAACAUUAAUUAGAUUAGAGAAGAUAUUUCUUACAAUAAGAUUAAUAUCGCAUAAAAUGCUUAAGAACAUUUGUUAUUCGCAGAUAGGUAUAAUAAUUAUUAGUCUUAUUCUGAUUAAUGGGACAUACGAAACGCAGGGAGUAAGGUUUUACACAAAAGAGCGCAUAUUACACUUAAGAGAAAAUGUACGUGCUAUGUUCCAUCAUGCUUAUGAGGGCUACUUGCAAUACGCCGAUGGCUACGAUGAGCUACGUCCCCUUACAUGUGAUGGCGUAGACACUUGGGGUAGUUAUUCUCUAACUUUGAUUGAUGCAUUAGAUACCCUUGCUACAAUGGGCAAUUAUACAGAGUUUCGAAGAGUUGUUAAGAUCAUCGAGUCAAUGGAUUUUGACAAAGACAUAAAUGUCUCCGUAUUCGAAACAAACAUACGAAUUUUAGGCGGCUUACUCUCGGCACAUAUGCUCUCAAAACAAGCUGGUGUACAGCUGGAACAAGGCUGGCCAUGUCAAGGUCCACUACUGCGUCUGGCAGAGGAUGUGGCGCGUCGAUUACUACCCGCAUUUGAUACAGCAACAGGUAUGCCUUAUGGAACUGUUAACCUACGUUAUGGAGUGCCUAAAGGAGAAACCCCUGUGACAUGUACUGCUGGUGUGGGUACAUUUCUUGUAGAGUUUGGCUCACUUAGUCGGCUUACAGGCAACUCCAUCUAUGAGGAUGUUGCGCUUAAUGCAGUAUAUUCAUUAUGGGGACGUCGCUCAGGUAUAGGGCUGUUUGGAAACCAUAUUGACGUACAAACAGGGCGCUGGACGGCGCUAGAUUCGGGUAUAGGUGCGGGUGUUGAUUCAUUUUUUGAGUAUCUGGUGAAAGGUGCUAUUAUGCUAAAUCGACCAGAGUUAAUGGAAAUGUUUCAUGAGGCGCGCAGACACAUCGAUAAGUAUCUGAAGAAAGAAGAUUGGUACAUAUGGGCUCAUAUGAAUAAAGGCCACGUGACAUUGCCAGUUUUCCAAUCACUUGAAGCGUUUUGGCCCGGCGUACUAAGCAUGUUUGGCGAUAUUGCUCCUGCAAUGCGUACUUUGGUCAAAUAUAGCACAGUAUGGCGAAAAUACGGUUUCCUACCGGAAUUCUACAACAUACCGCUUGGAGAGGCCUCAGUAAAUAGAGAAGUGUAUCCACUGAGACCAGAACUUAUCGAAUCUGUAAUGUAUUUGUAUCGUGCUACAAAAAAUCAAUUUCUUUUGGAAUUAGGCGAAGAUAUAAUACAGUCGAUUGAGUUCAGCGCCAAGACACGUUGUGGAUAUGCGACGAUACGAAAUGUCGUCACCCACGAGAAGGAGAAUCGCAUGGAAUCAUUCUUCCUCUCGGAAACAACAAAAUACCUCUAUCUCCUCUUCGACGAGGAGAAUUUUCUACAUAACGAUGGCGCCGUUGGCGAUCGCCUGCAAACCCCACAUGGCGAUUGUGCAGUAAAUGCAGGUUCCUAUAUUUUCAAUACCGAAGCGCAUCCAGUAGACAUGUCUGCGUUGUACUGCUGCCAUGACAUACAUGACGAUAUUUUCGAUGGUCUUGAUAUAGGUAGAUUUAGCGAUGAGGCUUUGCUCAAAAACGAGCGCGAAAGAUUAAUAGCUGAACGUGAGAUAAGUGAAGAAUACACAUGCUCUCAGAAACUCUCAGAAGACACUCAAGAACAACAACGACAACCAAAAACACUUAAUACAACUACCUCUGAUAAUAAAUUCAAGUCGGUUUCAAUUGCGCCAGUAGACAUAGACGUCUUCGAUGAGUACGACAAUCCAGCAGGUGAUUUGCUAGUCGAGAACUUUGAACGCGUCAAGAGUGGGCGUAAUCAAAAAGCUGAGCUCGUCGGUACAGCCGAGGUUGUUGAACACGAACCACUGUCCAGCAAUCAUCUCACUGUAACCGAUUUAACUAAAUUCUUUGCUAUGAAACGCGAUGAAUUCAUACAUCCCGAACUAGCGCUGCACUAUGUUCAGGGGUUUAUGUACAACUUCACGCUAGAUCCACCUUUAAUAUCCGGGCUGCAGUUGUUGCACAAAAACAUCACCGCCGUCUUAGGUAUAGCUGCACAAAAAGAGUAUGAGAGUCGAACACGCACGGUGUGGGAGCUUUACGAGUUGCAACAACAAUACCUAGCCAACAUCGAACUAAUCACGCGUCUAGAUAUACUCGCUUUCGACGACAACGACAUUGAGUUGUUGGAUCGGGUGCUAGCCGCACUAAAUCACAGUGGCUCUGAGAGCUUAGAGCUAAGCGAUGUUGGCGAGGAUGCCUCUCUGCGUGUAAUGGUGCGUCAGAUGUCAUCGCUGCACACCGACUACCAGCAGGCGCUCCUCAACACCACCGCUAUGCAAGAGUUCCUAUUAAAAAUACUUAUUAACGGUACCAGCGAUAAGAAUCGCACUUACAUACCUUUACUAAACAACGAAGAGAUCCGUACACUAUUCGAGCAAAAUGAUGACAAGGAAAAAUAUGCAACACAAUCACUAUUCGCACACGUGCGUAGGAUUGUGGAAUUCAAAAAGCGCUUAAUGGAAACAUUCGAUCGCUUACAAAAAUUAAUGGCCGAAAAUGGUGUUACAAAGAGCCCAAAAUCUGUCAACUCUAAUGAGGUGAAACAGUUUGCAAAAACGCAAACUGAAAAGCACAACAUUUUAGCGGCGAAAAAUCAAAACAAUGAAGCAAAAGAAACUGCCGAGGAAGAUGGUGGUGGGGACUCUGUGUGGACACAGUUAGUGCAUACCAUACUGCGAAAAACCACAAAUCAACGUAAUCAAUUCAACGAAGCGCUGCUGCACGAAAAAGCGCGAAUGGCACUACAAAAUUACCCUACCUUCAGAAUGACCAAUUCGACGGCAAAGGUGAAAACACUCAAUGGCUAUGAGGUGUUCACCUGCGACGCCCCUGAGUUCUUGGACAAGUUCGCCUAUCGCGAAUACUAUCCAUAGCAUUGUUACAUGCUUCAGCACUGUUAUCAGUAUCACUUUAAAUUGCGCACUGUAACAGUUGUCGACCCACCUUGACUUACAACGAAUUUUACAAAGCGGGCACGAACGAAGGUCUAGUGUUUAUUUAAAAGAAAAAGAAAAAAAAAGUUACGGCAUUAGCUUAAUGUUUGACGAAUGCGCUAGUUAAAGCUACAUGUAUAAAAAGAGUUUAGUUCAGAAUACCGUUUCAAUUUAUAUUUUUGUAAAUUAAUAACUUAUACAUACGUGUACAUACAUAUGUGUAUAGCAUUUUUAAAGAGGUGUAAAGUAGAAAUAGUUUUCAAAAUAUUGUCAAUUUCAAAAUUCAAAGUUACUAAUGGUGAAUGUAAAAGUGUAAAAUGUAAAAUUAAUAAUUCGUGGUCCUUAAAUAUAAGAUUGUUAUUUUAUUUUACUUAUUUUUCAUUCCUCUCAAAUAAGCAAUCGGAAAUUAACAGUUUGGAUAUGUUUAGUAGUAUAGUGUUUAUUAAAUUGUACCGCAUUCGAAACUCAAAAUAAAAAGCAAAGCUUUGUAAUUGAAUUUGAACUUUUUUCGCAAAGCUUUUAAAGUGUAACUGUGAGCAUUUUAGCUUAAAUUUCUAUUUAAGGACAAUCACGUAGCAACAACAACAAUUAUGUAUGCAUCAAUGUAUGUGUGUAGGUAUGCAUGCGUUUAGUAUAUGUACAUAUGUAUGAAAUAAAUGUGUAAGUGAAAUUGUGUAUACAUUUAUGUGCAAAUGUUAGGUGUAGGCGCAAUUGUGAAGGUGAAGAAAUAAAGAUUAAAUUUAAAUAGUAUAAAAAA